CAGUCAAUUUUCUGAUGCCUCAUUUAUGACUGCCAGCUCUAAGAAGGCUUUUCAAACUCAGGGGGAGUGGGACCUCCUCAGUAUUACUGUAUCUAAAUCCAAUAUGACUACUUUUGGUUAUUUACUGGAUCAGCUGAAAUUUGAGAUCACCAUAAAAAGGAGACCUCUACUGUAUAUCAUCAACUUCAUAUCACCAGUGUUUUGCUUUCUUGUGUUGGAUGUGGCCACGUUUUUCAUGGAUUCAGCAGGAGGAGAGAAGCUGGGCUUUAAAGUGACUUUACUUUUGGCGAUAUCUGUGUUACUGCUCAUUCUUAAUGACACGCUGCCCUCUACUGCCAAUGAGGUCCCAUUGAUUGGGGUUUUCUGCAGUGUGAUUUUUAGUCUCAUUGGUAUCAGCAUUCUUGAGAGCAUUCUUGUGGAUUUUCUGAUGGCUAGAGGAGAUCAGAUUCAUUCAGAAGCACUUGAGGAUUCCACAUCUACUGUUACUGAUUCAAACACCCUACCAGAAACAGCAAAGGACAGAAGUGACGAGCGGUUAACUACCCUGGAGCGUCUGAGGCAAAUCCUUAAGUUUCGCACUGCAGCCAAUCCUAAAGGCGGCGCGAAGACAUCCGGGUGCUGGCACAGAGCGGCAAUGAUAAUCAACACUACUUUCAUUAUUAUCUACAUUCUCGCCAUCAUUGUGUUCCUAUCAGUGGUUGGUAAAGCUUGGUUCACAGAAUAAUAUCAGAUGUUUUUUUUCGUGAGAUGGCAUAAGCCUUUUUGCAUGGUUUAUAAGCAUAAUGUAAAUAAUUGAUUGGUCAAAUGUUUUUUUUCUUAAUAUUUUUUAUUUAUGCACAUAUUCACCCUUAUAGGACUCAUGAUAAAACAUGAUUUAAACACAUGUGUGACCUUGUUUGUGCAAUA